UGCAUUUUAAGGUGAACACGUUUAGUUUGGAGCGGAGUUAAACACCGGACCGAGACAGCUGCGUUAAAGACAGCAUCUCCAGUGAGCUCCGUCUCCUGCAGAAACACAUCAGACAGGUGCUGUUAAAUCAGAUAGGCUAGUUUGGAUUAAGACACAUAAACGCAGAGUUCGUCGGACUUGGCUGUGUUUCAGACUCCGGUAAGCGGCACCGACGAUGCUCCGCUCGGCUUUCUGGCUUAACACCACAAAGUAAAACGGAUUAAGAAAGUAGCAGGAGUUUUCUGGAUGUCUGUGUUCUUCUGGUGUUCGCACGGUGGUUCCCAGCUGUGACUGUGGCAACACGCUGCGGUAGGUGAACUACUGGAAACCUGAGGGAAAAGCGUUUUUUUUUUUGUUUUCUUCUUGCAGCCAACCCGGACCUUUCUGGCUUGUUUAAGGUCGCAAUAUCACCGUUUCCAGCUCAGAAUGUAUUUCCACCUUCUUCUCUCGGAUGUGGAUUUCAAAUGAAACCCGUGAAGUCCGCUGAACCAGAGCGGUGCCGAUCCGUCGGAUGCCAUUUCGCCCUUCUCUCCAGGUUUUGCGCAAGGACUUUUUGAAUUCUUAAUUGGAGAAUGACCAAUCGCACAGAUAAAUUCUACCGGUCUUUCUCUUCUGCUUGUUAUUUAGACUAGUCUGGCAAUUUUUUUGUUUAGGCACGCAGGGUUCCUGUGUUUUAAGCCAGGGCGCGCGUCAUCUCUCCACUGGCUUCCAUUGAUUUAUGAUUUUUGGGGGCAUUUAUCGGGUUUCGCGCAAGAACUUUGGCCCGCGUCAGGAACACUGGGUCCUCUCUCUUUCCCCUGUUGCCCAAUUUGGAGCAGGAUACUUGUAACUUUCUUCUCCCAUGUGGGGAAAAACGCUCUCUUUUGCCUGGUGAAGACGCGGUUUGGCCGUGCCUUAGGUUUGCUGCAAGCAAAGACGCUGUGAAGACUGUAGCUGGACAAUAACAUUUUUGAAGACCCCGACUGAGACAUCACACACACUGUCGCACACAUACGUUCAAAUACUUGUGCAGAUACAUAUUGCGCAUUGUCCAACUCGAGACCCUCUGAAGAACUGCAACAGCAUCGUGUGGAGGCUAAACCCUGCAGAGAGGUUUAUUUAUCCACCAUAGGCUUCUGGAACAACUGGGACUUAACAUCCGCCUUCUGGGAUUUCUACCAUGUCAGGUGUACGGGAUUGCAGAUGGACUCUCCUCAUCUGUGUGGCGGCGCUUUCAUAUGCUCUUGCAGGUAAAAUCUCUCCAACAAGCUCAGAUGCCCUCCUCAGUUCCUCAGCAGUAACAGCCAGUCCUUCACCACCCAAUGUGUACCUUCCCGCCAACUUCAAAAUGUCCAAUGCACAGCUUGCUUUCUUUUUGCGGGAGGCUCAGAACACAGGACAACCAGUUGGCGGCAGCAGUAAGAGCGGUAGUAGCCCCAGCACUGGACACCCGCUGCAGCGCUCUGAAAGUUUUGUGGUUUUUCAGACAAAAGACCUCCCUGCCAUCAACAUAAGCUUUGGACCUUUUGCCCGGGACCAGGCCCUGUCCAAGGAGUUGCUCCAGCCAGCUAGUCCACUGGAUAUUCCUGGCCAGCUGACAGUCAACUGGAAGGUGCGGGCCUUCAUUGUUCAGGCGAGGGUCUUCUCCAACAACCCCACAGUCCAGGUGUUUUUCUACAUCGCUGGCCGCGACUGGGAUGACUUCAAGGCUCAGGACAAGCUGCCCUGCGUCCGUCUGCAUGCCUUCCGGGAUGUCCGUGAAAUUAAAACCUCCUGCCGCAUGAAAGGCAACCUGGCACAGUGCUUGGCCCAGCUGGAGCUGCCUCCGUCCUGGUUUAACACCAAUGUCGCCCCACUGGGUCGGAGGAAAGGCUCCAGUGACGGGCUUUUGGAUGGGUUAACCAGUGAGACCCUCCAGGCUGAGCUCUACUAUACACUCCAUGGGCCUAAUCUGGAUGGUGAGUGCAGUGAGGGCUCAGGUCAUAGGGGUGGUGGUGUUUCCAGGGGAGAACCUCUGUCACAGCACCCCCUACUGCGCAUUGGGAGCAUCAGCCUGUACCAGGCCAGCCAAGAGCAGCUGCUGGUGGACAAGCAGUUAGACAAGAACAUGUUCCUCAGGCUGCCUGAGAAGCCCCUGAAGCCUGGGGAAACCCUCAGAAUCUUCCUCUACUUGAUGCCCAACUCCUCUGUUGAACAGUUCACUCUCAAGGUCAAAGCAAAGAAAGGGGUGAACCUGCUUCAGACCAAGUCGAAGAACGCCCAGUGGAAGGUGGAUUGGGAGGUGCAGUCCGGCGCCAAGCAUUCCAUCACCACCAUCGAUGUGAACAAGCACAAAGCAGUCAAACAGGGGGAUGUCUUGGGCAAUGUCGAGGUGAUGCAGUUGGAUUUCGAGAUGGAGAACUUCACCAGCCUCUCGGUGACCAGAAGGAUCAACUGGAACAUUGACUACAAGGGGCAGAACCCGCUUCCUGAUUCAGAGAAGGUGGUGACGGAGUUGACGGUAGUGCAGCGAGAUAUUCAAGCCAUCAUCCCUCUGGCCAUGGACACUGAGAUUAUCAACACGGCCAUUCUGACCGGACGCACUGUGGCCAUUCCUGUCAAGAUGGUCUCCAUAGAGAUGAAUGGAGCAGUCACUGAUGUCUCAGCCUUUGUGCAGUGCAAAUCCUCCAAUGAAGACAUUGUUAAGGUGUCCAUGAAUUGCGACUACGUGUUUGUCAAUGGGAAAGAGAUGCGGGGCUCCAUGAAUGCAAGGGUUAUCUUCAGCUACGAGCACCUCAGCGCACCGCUGGAGCUGACCGUCUGGGUGCCCAAACUUCCCCUGCAGGUGGAACUUUCUGACAACAAUCUGAGCUUCAUUAAAGGCUGGAGGGUUCCCAUUCUUCCCGACCGAAGGAGCACUAGAGACAGCGACGCCGAGGAUGAAGACGACGAGCGCAGGGUGAGUCGAGGCUGCACCCUGCAGUACCAGCGGGCCCUGGUCAAGGUGCUGACCCAGUUCCACACCACCUCCACAGAGGGCACCGACCAGGUCAUCACGAUGCUGGGGCCCGAUUGGCAAGUGGAUGUCACAGACCUGGUCCAGGACUCCCUGAAGGUGGCCGACCCCAGGAUAGCUGAGUUGGUGGACAGGACGGUCUUGGUGGGUCUGGAGCUGGGAUCCACUGUGCUGAAGGUGGAGUCUCCACUAGCAGUGGAUGCGGUAUUGGGAGAGUCUGCGUUCUCCGUCACAGACGACAAGGUUUCCAUCACGGAGAUGCGCAUUAACGCCAUUUCAGGCCUGACCCUGUCGCUGCAGCCCAGCCCCGGCAACAGCCACACCAUGGUGGCCAAGGCAACUGGCAUCCAGACACUCACUGCUCCCAAACAGGAGGCCAGUUUGUCUGUCUGGAUGCUUUUCAGUGACAACACAGCUGCCACUCUGACUUAUUUUGAUCCCAAAGACUACAACCUCAAUGCUUCCACAGUGGAUGACAAAGUUGUGUCGGUAUCCCAGGAGCCUCAGCAACGCUGGCCUGUGGUGGUGGCAGAAGGGGAGGGAUCUGGCGAGUUGGUGCGUGUAGAGAUGACCAUCUGUGAGGCCUGCCAGAAGACCAAACGCAAAAGCGUCAUCGCAUCUGCUGCAGUUUAUGUCAAGGUCCGCUUUGGCCCAGAGGAUGACUCUGAGGAAGAGGCAACCACAGAGGGUGAGAUUGAGCUGGCGCCCGUUACCAGGCGUCCAAUCAUUGAUCCGAACAUCAGUGGAAGAAUUUAUGAGACAUCUAAUGAGCAGCCUGCCAGUGUUCCCAUUGAUUACACCAAUUUCCCCACCAUUAGCAAUCAGGAGCGACCAACUGAGAGUGAUGAAGAGGAGGAAGACGACUUUGUGCAUUCACCUCGUAACAUGACUGACCUUGAGAUUGGCAUGUAUGCUCUACUGGGAGUCUUCUGUCUGGCCAUUUUAGUGUUUCUCAUCAACUGCAUCGUCUUCGUGCUUAAAUACCGCCAUAAGCGGAUCCCACCUGAGGGUCAAGCUAAUAUGGAUCAUUCCCAUCACUGGGUGUUCCUGGGAAAUGGACAGCCACUGAGGGCCCAAUGUGAUUUGUCACCACAGCAGGUAGAAAGUCCCAGUAACCCUUUGGAAGGCGUACAGACUUGCUGCCACGGGGACCACCACAGUAGCGGCAGUUCCCAGACUAGCGUUCAAAGCCAGGUACAUGGGCGGGGUGACGGCAGCUCUGGGGGCUCUACGAAAGAGAACGGUGAGGAUGCCAGUUCCCCCACUUCCAAGCGCAAGAGAGUCAAGUUUACCACCUUUACCACCCUUCCCACAGAAGAGCUGCCCUAUAACUCCAUCCCCAUAGCAGAUGAAGAGGACAUUCAGUGGGUUUGCCAGGAUAUGGGCUUUCAAGACCCAGAGGAACUGCAUGAUUACAUGCGCAGAAUAAAAGAAAUAGCCUGAGAUAAGAGGUGCAGCGUGAAGCACCACUCUCAGCUUUCUAAAGAAAUGUUCCUUUCUAUUUUUCUCUUUUUCACCUAAGUGAAAGAUAAUUUUUCACAGACUAAAAGGCCAACUGUUGUUUUGGUUAGGGUGUGUUCCAUUUAGUUUGCACAGUGCUGUAAUCUCAUACACGCUCACACAGAAGAGAAUGCGAGGAAGCCAAAGACUUGACCAGAGGGAUCUCAAUCACUAGAGAAAUCUGUAAAUCUUGGCUAUAGGAAACAUAUUUCACUGGAAAGCUGUGCCAUGGCCAGGUGUGAGAGCUGCUCCAGCUUGCACAUCAGGAUUUGACUCUAGAGAAAGCCUGAUAUGGACAGGAUUGUUGCAGAGGUUUGGUAUUGGCUGUGUUUUUGCUGGCUCAGAGGGACUCUUCAGUUCUGUACCUACUCCAACAAAGAGGCCUUUGAUGAACACAAAACUGUCAAAGACUCUCAUGAAAGCUAUGUUAAAAAAAUCCUUUUGUUUUUGCCAAAGUAGGAAAAGCGUUCUUUUAAUGGCAAAACUUUCUUCAUUGUUGUUCUUGGUGCAGCACUCAACUCAUGAUUUGUACUCAUGUUCAUUCCAUACAUUUUUCUACAUUUCAUAGGUAGUCAAAAGCAGUGCCCUACUACUAGUCCUCCUGGUCCUGAACAAAUCUAAUGCCUUAUAAAAAUGGUCACAGUUCACUUCUUAUAUCAGUGCAGACACCCUGUUUUCUCACUAUGGCUAGAGACAGUGUAGUAAGAUGUAAAAUACUACAACUAAUCUCAAGCAUGAGGUAUUAGAAAAGAGCUUGUGAAUUGUGAGGAUCUCUAACGUUCUUUGCAUGGAAGGGGAUCUUGAGGCACAAUCAGCAACUUUUUCCAAAUUUGUAAAUGUUUGUAUUGUAAUUAUAUAAUCAUUCAUACACAUUACUAAAGUAAAUAUAUUACCAAGCAUUACCCGCAUGUCAUGUCAGGCCUACAUACACGCAGACAUUCCUCUCUAGUAUACAGUAUGUAUAUACCAUAUUGAGCCAGAGUCGCCUCUCAAAUGUUCAACAAGUAGCUCCAAGCUAGAAGAGUGGGAAGCAGGUUGAAGUCUUGUGGUGAGUAGAAGGUUCCCCUCAGUAAUGACAUAAUAUAAUCAUGACGGAGCUGUAGCUUCUUAACAAAGUAGUAUCACAUUUGACUGUUGAACAUGGGGAUUUGCUAUGCAUCAGAAUUGUAACAGAUUUCAUAUUUUGAUCAUUUAUUUCCCUUCCUCAAGUUAGACUGGCCUCAGCCUUAAGGAAAAUAAAAGUAAAGUAUGAUGUACUAGUUGGAAACACUGAUACAUUCUCACUGAACACGAGAUCCUCUAAACUCUGAAGGAAAAUGCCAUCCCCCCAAAAAGAAGAUUAUUGGAUAAAUUAUUGAUUUUGCUCCAUCUUUUUUUAUAUCAUGGCCAUCCCAUGUUGUCAUGUUAAUUGUUAACACACUCUAACAACUAUGUAGUCCCUAUUUAGUUUAAUCUAUUCCAGUGAACAUACUUUGGAGGCUUUCUCUGAAUUAAAUGGACUGAGUGAGAAACUAGUAGCUCUUACUGGUAAAGAAAUCAUUUGUGUUGCUAGUGUCAGAUGAGUUGUGCUGCUGCCAAGGGUGUGGUUUUGACAGCAUGUAAAAGUAUCUCAGGAUGCUAACUGACUUUACUGACAAAUCAAAGUGACUGAAAACAGCAUAGACAGUGGAUAUAAUUUGCAGGUUUUCUUGUGCAGCAAGUGUUAAUUGCUGUGUUAAGCUUUUAAAGGUUUACUGACAUGGGUUUUAAACUACACUGAAGCAGAAAAAGGAAAGAUCUGGCAGUUUUAGAAAGAGCAUAAAAUAUCUGAUUUCAUCCAAAACAUUGCGAGGCAGCCAGACACGUAGGGACUGAGAGCAUGAUGACAGCAGAGCUAAUAGUAUUUGUAAUUGCAGUUGCCCUGUUAGUGUAGGCUUUGCUUUAUUUUUUAAUUACUAGAGUGGAAGACUGGAAAUGACGUUUGAAGGUUGAUGUUAUUCCAGCUCUGAUCUCACAUGAAACAAGUUCUUUUCAGUACUAUUGAAGCAACCAUGAGAUAAAAAAUACUUUUCACGUCACUUUCCUUUAAUUCUCUACUGCAUCUAAGGGCUUGGAUUUUUCUUUUAUGUUAACUGACUGAGAUUUUAAUGAUCCUAUGAGGAAACUAACAUUAUUUGCUUCCUCUCUGGUGAUAAUGAGAGUAAGCUCUAUUUACUACUCUAAACUGUCACUCAAAACAUUUUGUUGCCAUCAUACCUGCUUUUCAACCCCUACAGCCUUAUUUAAGACCCAAUCCAGAAUUGUUCUCUUUGAGGCAGUGCUGUUUCACUUCAAAAAAACAGCUUUAUAUCAGACAAAAACAUUGAACUAAAGACAUUUUAUAUUUGCUUUUAAAAUGUGUUUCCUGAGCUCCUUAUUCAUUAACUGACCAUAUGGGACAGCUAAACACAAGCGUUAAAUGUGAUCUAAAGAUGGAAGUGGUUCACUUACAUUGUAAAUACUGGAGCAAAACCGGCUUUAAUUAUUUUUCACUUAUCUCAAAGCUGCCAUGAGAUUAUUUUCUGUCAGUAAACCAUACCUUUCAAUAUUCUACAUGUAUAUAGACCCACAUUUGAUAUUCUCAUAAAUCCUGGAUUGGGACUUUAAGGAUUUGGUUUACUGCAUGCCCUCUCUUUGUUCCAUGUGGUUGAAAUGAAUAAUGACCUGAUUCUAGUGUUUAAUAAUAUUCAAUCUGUGUUAACAUCUUAAGAGAUGAGACGUUAUUUUUGACAGCCCAAGCCCAUCCUCCAGUCACAGCAUCAACAUGAUUUGCCAUGAAAUUAAGAGAAGUAGCAGCCAGCUGGAAGUUUUUCAGUUUUAACUUUAAAUGAUGGUUUUUCAGGAUGAAUGUAGGAUUCUUAACUAAACUUGGCUGUUUAAUGUUAGUUAGUGUUAGUGUUAAUGUGGUCAGCCGAAUCUGGUGACACUUCUAUAACAGCCUAAGUAUCUAAUAGCAGCUUUACACACUCUUUUCAUACGUUUUGUUUUGUUUAGAUUUUUCAGUUUACUGUCACAGUAUGUAAAUAUUUUGCCCAUUAUGAUCUGUCUCUAAAAAAAAUUUUUUUUUUUUAACCUCACUUUCACAUCGAACUUCUCCUUCCUCUGUGCUUUUAAAGUCUUUUUUUGUAAUGCUUCUUUGGUGACGGUGAGGGUAUUGAUCAUUUUGUGAUUUUCUUCAAGCUGCUAAUAGAAACUUCUCUUCUGACAACAUGUAAUUGAACAUCUUGAAUUGUUCCUUUCUGCCCCCCUUCCCCCCUGGCUCACUACACUCACAAUAAUAUGUUAAUGUACAGAGCACUGUUAAAUUUCCUGUAUUCUCUUGAAAACAAACCCUUGUAUUUUCCCGUUAUAUGUAAAGUACUAAAGAAAAUGCAAUACAA